UAGGGCCGCCUCUUCAUUAUUUCCAGCAAAGCAGGUUCAGUUGGCAUUAAUCUGGUAGCUGCUAAUCGAGUAAUCAUCUUUGAUGCCUCUUGGAAUCCGUCCUAUGAUAUUCAGAGCAUAUUCAGGGUUUAUCGCUUUGGUCAAAAUAAACCAGUCUUUGUAUACAGGUUUUUAGCUCAGGGAACUAUGGAAGAUAAGAUCUAUGAACGUCAAGUAACCAAGCAAUCACUCUCUUUUCGAGUAAUUGAUCAACAGCAAGUUGAACGCCAUUUUACUUUGAAUGAACUGACUGAACUUUAUACAUUUGAGCCAGACUUACUAGAUGAUCCUAAUUCAGAAAAGAAGAAAAAGAAGGACGCUCCUAUGCUGCCAAAAGACACAAUCCUUGCAGAAUUGCUUCGAAUACAUAAAGCAUACAUCAUAGGAUAUCACGAACAUGAUUCUCUUUUGGACCAUAAAGAAGAAGAAGAACUGACUGAGGAGGAAAGAAAAGCAGCAUGGGCAGAAUAUGAAGCAGAAAAUAAUGUUGAGUCACUUAAUUCCUUUAUGGGCCUGACUCUGCAUUUCACUUUGCCUACUGUCACUUUCAGCUCUGAGCCUCCAUUUAUUCCUUUGGAUAUUGAAGCCCUCUCAUCCAUGAGCCAUCAACAGCUGGAAUGGAAAGAAAAUACACAAAUGACAGAAGCUCAAGUUUAUUCCUUGGCAUUAAGUAAGCAAGCCAGCCAGGAACGAGAUGCUAAACAGAGAAGCCAUCCACAAUGAUGUAUCAAUAAGACAGCAAAUGUUUAUAAGCUGUGCCCAGCGGAUACAAAUGGAUAGAAAGCUACUACAAUGAUAUAGUUAAGAAAUAUUAAAUCAAGAAGAAGCUUCAACUCAUCACCUUCAGCUACCAGCACCUCCAAAUCUAGUCAUAAAUUCUUCUGCUUACAAGCAUAUUGAUGUGAAAGGAAUGUAUCAGCCAGUUGUUCAUGGUAUGGAACCCCAAAUAAAAAGAAGCAAGAAUCCAAAAGCCUCUCAGAGGAAAUCAAUGCAAUUUUCCUUUAAAGUGUUGAAUGUGUUAUAAAAUUGACACUAGCUUAAUGGAAAUCAUAUGUCUUAAUUCUUUGUUCCCUAUA